AUGGAAGGUAUAGGGGGUUCUGCAGCAUCUGCUGCAUCAGGAGAAGCAGGAAGUGCUGCAGGAGAACCUCCACGUGAGCUGGAGGGAGUUGCAACGGGGAGUCCUGCAACUGCAACUGCUGCUGCUACUACGGCAAAUGGUCGGCAGCAGGGGGACUCAACUACCGGAGGAACUGGAUUAUCUGAACAUUUUCAGUCGCCUUGCUCCACGCAAGCGACGCAACGCUGCGUCCCAGCGGCAGCGGCGGAAGUGACGUCAUCACCACCUGGAGGGUCCACAACGGCGACGCCGUCAAACACCCCCCGAAUGCCUUCCGAGGUGGAACGGCUUCGACAUUUCUUGGUGGAUGAAAGCGUCCGGCAACAGCAGCAGCAGUUUGCGGAGCUAUGUAUGCGACUUGCGGCGCGAGCUGUGCAGCAGGCCCACACGGUGAUUGCAGCGGCUGCACAUUCAUCCGUGGAAAGCGACCCGCUACAAGCAGCAGCAGCAGCAAGCAGCACCCUUGAGAUAAGCAGGUCACUGGCUUCCGGAGGUAUCGCCUCCACAACCCUUGGGGUGCGUCUGCGCGCUGCUGCUGCAUCUUUUGACUGCGAUGCGGCGGCAGCAACGGCGGGGGGCCAAAAGGGGUUCCACGAGGCGGGGACGGCCUCGGGAUCGGCAGAUUCGACUUCUGGAGCAAGGGGCGCUGCCCAUAGCCCUAGCUGCAGCCACAAGAACGGUGGAGGCAGCGGCAGUGGCGGCGGCAGCGGCAGCAGCAGUGGCAGCGGCAGGGGCGGCAACAGCCACAACUGUGGCAGCAACGGCGGCUGCUGCUGCGGUCUUGGUGGCGCCGGCAGCCGCGGCCGUAGCCAUGGCAACCUUUUAGGCGAUCUAACGGACGGCGCAGGGCGCGCCUUUGGCAGACUGGCGGGAGCAACAGUGCAGGGAGCAGCAGGGGGAACGUGCGCAGUGGAUGCCGGUGCCAGUGGGUCUGAUGGAGCAACACAGACAGCAGCUGCACCAGUAGAAUGUGAAGCGGCAGCAGUUCCAGCACAUAGAUCUUCGCUUGCCGGGGGCCGUCGCCGGAUCUCGAUCAACAGUUUGACAUCCACUGCAACUGCAUGUGUGGAGGCCGCAGCAGCUGCGGCGGCAGCCGCAGCUGAGAAGCGCCUUCAGCUCAAUUUGUUACGACUGAAGAGCAACAGCAGUUUGUUGAUGACAGGAUCUGAUAUUCGGGUACUGCUGCAAUGGCGACAGGAAGAUGUGCUGCUGUACGAGCAGCACGAGCUGCUCAGGCAGAUCCACGAGAGAAUCCUGCGGCUGCAGCACAGGCGGAGGCAACGUCUUCAUGCGCAGGAGCGCAUGCAAGAGCAGCGCGGCAGCUUCCUUCCACAUGUACUGCUGUUGGACAGCCCAGUGGCUGUUCUGUCGCCUGUUAAGGAGGCAGCAGCGGCAGCAGCAGCUGUAGACCAGCGUCAACAGCAGCUGCGCCGCUGCCGCGAGUACCGCAUGCUGCAUUCCUUUGCCGUGCAGCAGCUUCUGCAGCUGUUACUGCUCUUGGGCCUACCACACUUUGCGGCGAAAUUGGCACUUGCAGAUUUGUUUGAGGAAGCUGGGCUUUGUGCCUUGGGAGCCAUUGGCCAGAGAAGACUAGAGGAAUGGGAAGCAGCACACGCGAUUGUCGCCGCCGCUGUUACAGCUGCCGUUACUGCCACUGAAAAAGCGGCUGACACGUGCCCUAGGGAUGCCCUGGCGUUAGGCCCUCCGAAUGGCCACGAGAAGGGCAGUACUGAGGCUGACCCCAACAGCAGCAGCAGCUGCACCACCUCAAGUGCUCCAGCAGCUGCGGCGGUGAAGCCGCCGCGCAAUGCAUCAGAUAUGGCUGCAGCAGCAACAGCAGCAGCUGCCGCUGCUGCCACUCAGUUCGGUGGCUGGAACGGAUCGUGGUUCAUGCCAGAGUCAGCGGCAGCAGCUGCUGCAACGGCAGCAGCACAGGCAGAAAUCGCAGGUCUUACGGAAGCUGCAAGAACUGCAGCAUUGUCAGCGGCAUCGGAGGGUGCGGUGUUGCGUUGCUGCGCCACAGCAGCGAGACUGGCCGCAGCAGAACAAGGUGGUGGGACUGGGGGAAAAGCCUGCAACGGCAGCAAGCUUACGUUACCCCUAAUGCUAUCGCGUGUGUCUUACGUGCAUUACCAUUCUCUGCCACUCUCCGCUCCAUCGGAUUGGAUGUCAUUGCAAGAUGUCGCGCACUUGCUCUCCUCACCGAACGAACCAUCUCUUGAGCCAUUGAUGCUGGUCCUUUUGCCUCGCCGGCUGAAGUAUCCUUGUCAACAUGAUGAUACUUCGAAACAAGCCGUGGUGGUUGCCCACGGUCAGGCUAUCUGUUUGGCUUCACCUCUGCUGGUGGAGGCUGUGGAAAUCGCAGCAGCAGCAGCAGCAGCAGGGAACGCAUUGACCGGCGAAGGUGCAGCGGAUAAGGCGCCUUUCUUGCUACCCGGUGUUCAGCCACGAAACCGCGGGACGGCGGCGGCGGGACGUGGUGUGUGCCGGUGCGGCAGCUGCUGUUUAUGCAGGAGGAGCAGCAACGGCUGGCGAGUUUUGGGCCCAGGCACCGCAGCGGUGGAGAGCAGCAGUAUCAGAAACUUAAUAUCCCUUGGUGCGUGGGAGAAAAGUUAUCCCACUUUCUCGGUGAGGGGACUCUUGGUUGUUAGUCUGAUGGCUCAGAGGCAUCUGCUGCUGAAGGCAGCGGCAGGAGCAGCAGCGAAUGCGCUUGCGGCUGUUGCUGCUGCCGGGCUGCGCACGAAACAGAUUGUGCUGCAGUCCAAUGAGCCCCCUCUGCGGCGUUUUUUUAGGCUGCGGCGCUUCUUGCAGCAGCAGCGUUCGCAGCGGCGGCAGAGGCAGCAGCAACAGCAAGAGCAGGAUCGCCAAGAGCUACAGCAACAACGACAACGCCAACAUCAGCAGGGGCAUCAGGCGCAACAGCCGCAGCAGCAGGAAGAGCCACAACACCAGGGGCAGGGGGAGCAACGCCAGCCGCUGCAGCAGCAGCAUCAGCCGCAGCAGCAGGAACAACAGCAGCAACAGCCGCAGCAGCAGUUUCAGCAGCAACUACAUUUACAGCCGGAAGAGCGGCGGCGGGAGCAGCAACAGUCGCAGCAAGAGCUGCAGCCACAGCAGCAACAUCAGCGGCUGUCCCAGCAGCAAUCAGAGCAGCAGCAUCAACGGCAACAGCGGCGACGGCAGCAAGAAUCGGACGCACUUUCGGGGGACGAGGAGACCUUGCUGGCUGCUGACAUAGGGACGGCGGCCACGGCUGCUGCUGCUGCUGCAGCAAUGACAGAUAGGGACUUUGUCGGGCGUCCUUCACGGAUGCAUUGCGAUGGCUGCAGUUUGAUGUGGCUCCGGCUGGGUGCCAGGGGGGGACCCCUGGAAGGGGUUCGAUUGCGAAUCGGCAGCAUCGACAGCAAGAGCAGCAACAAGGGGAGAAACCUGAUUGUUCGGGUGAAACACAGACGGGAGACAGUGCCAACACGGCAGCAGCAGCAAAAGGCAGGGGUACCUCAAGGCGAAUGUCGACGACGGAGGCAACAAUCGCAGCAACAGCAGCUCAGCCGCUCCGGUGUAAACGGCCCUUACGAGCGGCGGCAGCAGCAGGAAGAGGCUCUGCGGGGUUGCAGAGCAGUCCGACGCCGUCAGGGAGACGCAGCAGCAAGAGACUGGCAGCUGCGAAGGGAGGUGCAGGUGCGGCAGCUGGCGUUGCUGCGCGUGUCAUUCUUCCCAUUGCGCGGCCGCAACCUCGCAGAUCCAACAGCAGCAGCGGGAGCGGAAGCAGUAGCAGCAGAAACGGUAGCAGCAGUAGCAUUACAGCUCUGCCAAGGGACGGCGGCCGCAUUGAGUCAGACACGGCAGCACCGCCAGAAGCAGACAGACCUGGCGAUGAUGCAGUUGCCGUUGGUGCUGCAGAGUGGCCUCCAGCCGAAAGUCUUCAGCUUGGAUCGCAUUGUAAGCGUCCGACAAUGGCUGCGUCACUUGACCGGCGAGUCGCUGGAAGAUCAACAGCGAAAACAGCAGCUACAGCAGAAGCUGCCAUUAAGUGCAGCGGAGAGCCACCUUUACGCAGUUGCCGCGAGGAACCGCUGCGUCAUGCCAAAGGAAUCGUUGCCGCUGCUGCUUUGUGUCACGAAGAGCGACAACCUACCGGGGAUCCCAGGGGCUUUGGGCUCCAGUAGCAGUUGCAGGAGGGGCAACAACAGCAACGGCAGCGCAGCAGCAAGAGUAGCAGCAGCAGCUGCAGCGGAUGUGGGGUCGUCAGAGCUCGACGCUGCUGCUGCUGCGGUGUUUGCAGAUGCUGGAGUUGCCGCGGCACUUCCAGUUGCCGGCGCAGCACCAGACCGUGGGCUGUCGCAGCGAGCACCGUCGCAGCGCCUGGGCGAUACAGGCGAACCAACGCAGGGAGCGGGGGACACUGCAGCUCGCAGCAGGAACUUUAUUAUUCCCAACAGACACGCUGUGCUGUUUUCUUUACGUGGCCGUUGCAUCAGUAGCAACGGCUUGGCAAAUACUAGCAGUAGCCAGGAUAACUCCAACCCACGUGGAAGGGUGGUGCCAAGUGCUGCUGGCAAUAACGGUGCCUGCUUCAAACCAUGCGGCUGCAUCUACCGUUGCGUAAACGGCAUCAGCGGCAGCUUCUGCGAGGGUGUUUGCAGCAGUAUCGAGAGCUGCUGCAACGAUACAGAUGCCAGUAGUGCCCUCAACUUGAGCAAUAGUAGGGCUGGCUGUAGAAAUGGCAUUAAGGUGUUGGUUGGCUUCGGCCCGCCAUUCCCUGUAAGCGUCCAAAUCCAUUUUACACGAGAGACUGAAGGGUCGCGGGUACAGAAGCGCUUGGCUGUGUUACUGCGCCUGCAGCAACAGCAGCACCGGCAACAGCAUGCUCACAUGUCCCAAGGGCAGCAGCAGCCAGUCAGUGAGGUUCAGCCGCAGCAGCGUCGUCGUGAACUCUACCAGCGCCACCAGCACGAGGAUUUUCACCAGCAGCAAGGGCUAGGUGCUCGGGGAGAGCAGCAACGCAGGCGCUUUCUACAGGCCGUGGUGCAACAGCAACAACUGGUACAGCACCACAACCACAUGUUGGAUCAAGAGGAGCCAAGAACACUGCACGAGGCUAUUGCACUUGUCUUGAGGCAGCAGCAGCAACAGCUGCUACAUCAGUACAUGCAGAGCGAGUUUUGGGGGUCAUGCGUUUGUGUAUACGCUCCGACUAACAUCUUGCUUCCCGCAGAGCUACAGUUGCAGCUACGGCAGCAACAGAGGCUGAUGCAGGCCACAGCAGAUGCUUUGGGAAUUAGAGGUCGUGGUGCAGGGGCUGCAGCAGCAGCGGCUAUUGCAGCUGCAGCAGCUGCGGGGGGGCGUCCGUUUGUUCCUAAUGGGUCUGCAGAAUCAGCAGUAGAAGGAGUUAUCACGGCGGGCAUCCCAGGCGUCGCGAUUUUCCGUCCCGUGCUUACAGCUGCUGCGCUGGCGGCUGCUGCUGCGCCUCCCGUUGAUGCUUCUGAGGAUCCCGACGGAGCUGCUGCCGCUAUCGGUUCCAUUGGCGGAGCAGGGAGGAGGCGUGCACCGCCUUUAGAUAUUUUUGGGGACGUCCAGUCGGGGUUCGCUGCUGCUGCUGCACUUCUCCAGCAGCAGCGUAUCAACGUGUUCUGCAUGGAGUCUUUCAAAUUACUGCCUGUCACUUCGCUGUCGUUACUUGCUCGGCAGCAACAACUGAACCCACCACAGCAGCAGUGCCAGCAGCAACAACUUCUGGACUCAAACGGGACCCAGAUAUUGCCUAUUACUUCUGCUGACGACCAAGAGGACUGCGAAGAGCAGCAACAAAAACUGCAACAAGUGUUACAGCACCUGCUGCAACACAUGCAGGAGCAGCAGCAGAUGCUCAAGGAGCUGGUUUCUUCUCCCUUGCUUCUUGAUAUGUCUGACCGUAGCAGCUACCCUCCCGUAGAAGAGCAGCAGCAGCAGCAGCAGCACCUCCAUGAACCGUCUCUUCCCCGCACACACCCGCGAAGGAUGCAACGAUGGCCGCGACAAGAAGCAAACGGCAGGGGUCGUCGCAGGCGCACGAGCAGCCACAGGUGCAGCAGCCACAGCAGCAACAGCAGCGCGGAGCAGCAAAACGAGAUGAGCCCGAGCAUAUGGAGCAGCAGCAGCAGCUGCACAGCAUGCAGCGACAGUGAUACUAGCCCCUUCUCCAUUACGAUGGAACCCGGCGGGCCCUCACCCAUGGGGAGGGCAGCCGCAAAAGCAGCGGCGCCAGCUCAGGGAUGUCUUCCGUCGUCUUUAGUGCUGCCAUUGCGGCCUCGCUCGCAGCAUCACCAAACUAGGACGACAACGGCAGCGGUGGCAAUGGCAGCUGCAGGACAGGGUCGAGGCAGCCCAGAGGAUCAGGAUUCUCCACUAGGUAGUGCAACGCCGGCAGAAGGGACCAGGAGAACUCACAGGACAGCUCCGCCUCCUCCCCAGUCGAAGUGUCUCUCAACUCCUGAGCCUCCAUCGCCGCUGGCAUUCCCUCCAGCAGCACUGGCAGCGCGGAAGCGGCUUGCUGCUGCAGUACUUGCUGCGGCAGCAGAGCUCAGCAGCAGCAGCAGCAGCAAUAACAACAACGGCACUAAUACAACCGCAGCAAACUCUCGAGAAGCCCCGCCGUCUCCAUCCUCCACGACAGGCAACGCGUCAUGCAGCAGCAGCAGACCAAACAAACACCGCAACAGGGAGGGCGGGCAGGUCCUUCAAGACGAGGUGCAGGAAAAGAAAGAAGAGGACAUGCGCCAACAGAAGCAGUCGCAGCGUGAGCAGCAGCAUCAUCUACCGCGGUCGCAUGCUUGUGGUGGCAGCAAGCGUGAGUGCGGUCUCUCAUCUCUUCCAGAGCAGCAGCAGGAACAAGGAGUGCAGCAUCGGCUGGUGCAACAGCAGCAGCACACUGUGGUCAUCCCCCUGUGCAGGAGAUAUGUUCAUAUCCCACUACUGCGACAGAAACCACUUCUAACUUUCACAGAUACACGAGAGGCCAUGCUAAACUGCUUGGGUUCAGAAGCGCCGAGCGGACAGCAACACUUGACGGGGAGGCAGCAGGAGCAGCAACAACAGGGAUCUAGGCGAUUAGGUUUGUCUGCGGCUCUAUUGGGGGAAAUUUGCUGCUUCUUGACGCUGCCAGAUUUCUUCGUUUUUAGACAGGUCUGCCGGGCGCACUGCAGUGCAGCUGUUGUGCAUCGCUACACGAGUAUUUUGCGGUUACGGGAGGAGGAUCUGGAGCUGCCACGCCUAGCAAGCUACCUUCCACUACUGCAGCUGGCCAGAGAGAUUGACUGCAGCCUGAUCACCGUACCAGGCUCCGUGUCGCCACUAGCUAUUCAGUUUGUAGCGGCGGUGAGCGAAGAGGCGCGCAAAUUUACGUUUUCGAUCGCUGCUUAUUCGAAUUUGGCCAAGUCAGUGUCGAGAGCCUUUGGUAGAAAGCCAGAAGUGGUUAUAUUGAGUGAAGAGCAGCAGCCGAGCCCCCCUUCGGCGCCCUCUUACCCAGGAGGGGAGCGCCAUUCCCCGCAGCCUCCUCCGAACGAUGAGCAGUUGCAACGGCCAUCUAACGUGCAGCAAAGGCAUCGGCAAGAGGAAGAGCAGCGCCAAAGCGAACGAUACGUGCAGUUGCAGCAACAUUUGCAGAGGGAGCAGCACGAGCGACAGCAACAGGGCCAACAACGGGAACACCAGCAACAGCAGCAUGAGCAGCAGCAACAGCAGCAGCAGCCGCUCGUGCAACGGCAGCACGACAAUCAGGAAGUUUGGGGAAAUCGACGCCAGCAAGGACAACCCAGUCAUAUCGAGCACCAGCAACAGCAGUGGCAACAAGAGCAUCUCGCACGGCAACAGCAUCUGCAGUGGCAGCACCAGCAACAGUAUCACCAGCACCAGGGAUACCGGCAGCAGCAGGAGCAGGUAGGCCAGGGCAGCACUCCUCAUCAGCUCGGGAGCUGGACACAAAUCCCGGCUCAGCCUCAGCAGCAGAUAAGCCCAGCACAGCAGCGGCAACUUCAGCAGCUGCAGUACCUUUUGCAGCAGGAGCAACCACCUCAGCCGCAGCAGCAACAGCAAGAGUCAGUUAGGAGUAGUGUCAUGUCAGCUCGCGAGCCAGGAUUGCAGCGACAGCAGGAAGUACUGCCGUUGCCUGUCGUUGCUUCACGCAGCGAAAUGCAGCAGCGUCAGCAUUCUUGGCAGGAGCAGCAGCAGCAGCAGCAGGAGCAAACGGAUGCACAGCCGCAGGCCUCGCCGUUAGUGCAUGAACAGAUGCCGGUGGCUGAGCAACAAAUACAACAGCGCGGUGUACAGCAAGCAGAGGUGCCGGUGCCCCACCACAUGUUUAUGGACCGUUUGCGCGCCUCUCUCUUACUUCCCAGGCUAGCGUCCCUGUAUGCACCCGAUACAGCUGCGGCAGGUUCACCCUUGGCGGCCGCUGCCGCAGCAGCUGCAGGUGCCACGGCAACGAAUUUCCUGCUACCACUCCUCAGGCGGAUAAGUGAAGUCGGAGGUUCUCAUGCGCUGCAAACACUGUUGCUGUUGGAAGUUCUGGAGGCGCACCAUAUGAUGAAUCACGAGCCACAUCAGCAAAACCCCUUUCAUGAUGAGCAGCAACAGGCUGAAUUCGCCCAACAACAUAUUCAGCUUCAGCAGCUGCUACAGCAGCACUUGCAGGAGCAACUCCAGCAGCAGCUGCAGCAGAGCGUCCCUGCCCUGCCACGGGAUGCAGCGGCAGCGCCAGGUCAGCAGGAGCAAAAUUCACCGCAGCAGCCACAACCUGAGCAGCAUCUGCAGCAACGGCGGCAGCAAGGGCAGGAGGAGGAAGCGCCUGGUCUGGCGCGUCAGGCAGAACCACCGUCGGGAACGGCGGAUGCCAGGCCACACUUCCUUUACCAACAGUUUCUAGUGACGGGUCAAAGACGUGCCCGGAUUACGCCAUCGUCCCUGCAGCAGCGGUUGCAGCAACAGCAUCAACAGCAGGAACCGGAACAGCAGCAGCAGCAACAGCGGCAGCAACAGCAGCAGCCGAGCAGCCCUGCAGCAACAGAAGAAGCUUCUCCGUCCCCAAGCGGUUAUAGAACGCCGGCAAGCGAGACUCAGCGGCAAGCCGCAGCAGCAGCAGCUCGUGAUGCUUUUGACAGUGCUGUUGCCACUGCUGGCGCAGGAGCAGCAGGUGAUGUGCCUGCAGGAAUACGAAUGUGGGAUGAUCGAGGGCUGGUUGGGGGAUUACUUGGUCCUUCGUUGGACGGCAGGAGUCUACCUCCAGACAUAGCAGCAGCAGCAGCUGCAGCAGCUUUAGCAGGGCAUAUGGCUCAGCUUGAUGUUUACGUACACGGCCUUACACCAAACCCCCUCACUUAUCGGAUGCCACUAGCUGUGCCAUUCAGGAAGCUGAUGAGGUACUACAAGGACCAGGCCGGCCUGCGUGACGACGUUGUGGAGUUUUUGUGGGUCAAGCGAAAGAUUGUUACGAGACUCUUGCCGGAUUUGAGUCCCUUGGAUUACGGUAUGCAGCGGGGACAGCUGCAGCUCUAUGCUGAGUCCAGGCCAUCUCUACAGUAUGCCCAGAAGGUUUGGAUAUCGCUUUUUAUUGAAGGCUCUGAGGAAGCACCAUAUCUUCCGCGUCUUCGUUUUAAUGCAAGCAUGAUGACGCCCUUUUCCCGUCUAUCUGAGAGCUAUAGCAGGAACGUAGGCGUCGAUGAGGGAGACUUACUGCUAUUCUAUUCACGGGAACAGUAUACCGUGCAAAUUAACCUGAGCAAAUGCCCGCUGGACUAUGACAUCAGGGAGAACGACGUGGUCAAGGCGGAGUUGAGGCCGGGCGCAGCUAUUCCGACGGCGCUGGCUGAGCAAUAUGAACAGGCCCGGCGCCAGCAGCUGUACCGCCAGCUACGCUAG